AUGAACGGUGGUAUGACCACUUUGCUACGGCGCAAGCGCGAGCUAGAAGCAAGGGCUAGACCCCGUGCACAGGAGUAUACAAGGAUCAUGGACCAGCGUCGACCUCUUCUUCGCGAACUUGAGCAGAUGACCAUGACCUAUACGCAAGAGAGCCCAAGUGUUCCCGAACAGCAGGAGGACCUUUUCCGUCGGAUCGCCUCGUUGGACCGCCAUGUUACAGCGAUACUUGUGGAACACCAGGUGGACGUCACAGAGUACGCGCAGGUUACUUGCCGAAUUAUCUGCGAAAGAAUGCAGCAGAGGCUUCCAGUAGAAAUCCGGUUCAUGAUUUACGGCUACAUGUCCACAAAGUCGAAAAUCGGCAUUCUAUCUUACGCGACCGAAUCCGAGGCAGUGUCCGACGCUGAGGAGGAAUCGUCCGACGAAGAGCCACUCCCUCUCGACUUUGAUCCCGUUACAUUUGAAGAGGUGCAUUGCUGGGAUCCCCAGUUCGUUGGUGAGCAGACUUUGAAGGAACUCGCGGCGAAUUUCUUCGACUUAUCGCAUUUCGUCGUGGAACUCAGCAAUAGGGCGCAACCCCUUCGAGAGUUCUUGCUGACGGACCCAAACCACUUCGAUUUCCUAGCCUGGACCUACGUCUCGAACAUCUCCAUCACCUUUGAGGAGGGGGAGUACGAUGCGCAGAAUCCAGCUCGGAAGAUUCUCGCAGAGGCUCUGUUUACGCUCAAGCCGCAGGCUAGAAUUAACCUGGACCUGCGUUGCGAGGACUUCCCCAGAACUUGGGUGGAGUCCCAGAAAAGAAUCGCCCUGACCUACUUGCCGCUUGCAUCUCGACUGCGAGCCGCGGGCUACAUAGUGACUGUCACGAUUUGGAAGUCCCGCUGGGGUGAUAAAAUCAUUGACCCCGAUGACGAAUGUUCUGCUGAGGCUUGGAGCAAGAAAAUUGACGCGGUAUGGGGAGUGUGGAAGAGGCAAGGGAGUUAG